CCUUUGUUUUGAUGCGGUGAGCACUGACAAAAACUACCUUCAAUGAUCCAUUUUGAUAAGAAUUUUCCUGUAUUAGCCGCUGUUCUAUGUGAGUUUCAGCAAGUGGAAUCUGCAGUAUAUAAUCGCUCCGUGAAGCUUAAUCAUCAUCCCAUGGAAGAUUUUGAUGGUGCUGAUUAAUUAAUCAAGGCGACUAUCGGGAGGUGCAUACAAACUUGUAAGGUUUCCAUUCCUUCGCAACUGGAUGUACGGCUAAUCCGGUCGGGGUCAUCAUGGAUGAGAUUGACAACAUAAUCCUACAUUCGUUGCGGCAGAUUGAAUGCAAUCUGGACGAAGAAGUCAUCAGCUUGGACGACCUCAGCCCCUCGAUGCUGGUGCAGGUUGUGUCGAAAUGUAUAUCGCUGAUCGAUCCCGGUUUGGAGCUGCCCCGAACUCUACCGCCCGGGAUGGCACAGCGAUUCACGGCCACCGCCAGUCUGGCCGAGGCCUGUCGGACAAUCGGUUACCGGCGCGACAUUGGCUACCAGACGUUCCUCUACUCGAAUGUGGCCGAGGUACGUCGCGUGUUGAUGUUUUUGGUGGAGAAGCUUCCGAAAGAGGCGGCCGAUAAAACCUCCGGAAGCGGACAACCGGUGGACAGCGCGACUCAGUUAGAGAACAGGAUACUGAGCAGUUUGCAGAGUCAAUUACAGGCACCGUGGAUGCCGGAGUUUUGCCAAGUGGGACGCCCAGAGGGACUGUCCACGACGAGUGGCGGGGAGUCGCCAGCACAAAUAGCAUUCCGUCGGUUUAUUCCCAGGAAAAUUAGCGUCCCGUUUGUGACGCAGGGGGAUGUUGCUGCAGAAGUGAAAGAGUUCUGGUCUCGUCGGAAUCUGGACUGUUUGGAUGAGGGUAGUUUAGUGCCAUCGCUGAUAGCUGCAAACGAUGGAGCGAUUAAAACGAAUGCAAAGGGUGCCAUUGAUGAGGUGGAUCGACAGGUUAAGCUACCUGCGAUCAACGAGAAGUUAUUACAAUAUUACUCAAAAGGGGGAACGAAGCAUCGAUUAGCAGAACCGAGUGGUGCUGCUGCUUCAAGCGGGACGACUGAAAAAGUGGUUCUAAAUAAUAUUACUGUUGAGACCAAGCCUGGCAAGACUCCACUAGAAUCGCUGCAGGAAGAGAUCGAUGCACUACAACAGGAAAUAGUGCAGCACUCGGAAGAAGGGGUACAAUUAGAGAGCAGUCGUAAGGAAACCGAUGAAUCGAUAGAGGAAUAUCGAAAAACUAUUGUUAGGUUGAAAGAAGAGAAAAAGAUCAAAGAACGGACCCACAUUUUGCUCGAGGAUCCUGAGGUGAACGUGAAGAAGCUGGAAGCGAUCAUUGCGGCUGGCGGUGAACGAAUGAAGAAACUGCAGGAUCAGUGGGAUGCGCAUCGGAUUCCGCUGGUGGACACUCUGGAAGCCUAUCGACUGAAGAACUCCGAUAAAUUGUCCAAAUCCCAACAAGUGUUGGAUCAGAUCGAAUCCACUCGUCAAAAGUGUGAAGAAGUAGUAAUUGAUCUGCAAACCAAAGGAGCUAUGUAUGCUCGGCUUCAGAAAGAAUUCGAGAAGCUGAAUAAAACCGUUAGCCGAACGGCUUACACCAGUCGCAUCUUGGAGAUUAUUGGAAACAUUCGCAAGCAAAAGAACGGCAUCGAUCAGAUCCUCCAGGAUACGCGCUCGUUGCAGAAAGAAAUCAACAACAUCACCGGCCAAUUGGAUCGACAAUUCACCGUGACGGACGAUUUGAUAUUCCGCAAUGCGAAGAAGGAUGAACACUCGAAGCGUGCUUACAAACUGUUGGUCACGCUGCACUCGGACUGUGAGGAGCUGAUCAAGCUGGUGCAGGAAACUGGUGCGAUCAAGCGUGAAGUGCGCGACCUAGAGGAUCAGAUCGAGAACGAAAAAGGCCGAAACACGGCUGCCAAUCUGGCGCAGAUCACGCACGAUCUCACCGAAAUGCAGAACGAGAGUCAACGGCUUGAAGAGAGCAUACGUCGGAUGGAAGUGACGAGUAGGCAAUAACCAGGUUAUUCAUUUUACAAUUUAUCCACAAAACCGAGAGAAUAUUUUAGGACUGUCCACACAAACUAGGUAUCAUACUCAAAAUACACAAACUAAAGUGCCCAUUGAGAGCUUUAUUGAA